AGAAAAAGAAAACAGUUUUAAACUCAAUUCUAAGCUUUGAAAAACCAUGGCAACAAUGUCAACUGCAACCAGCACUAGCAAUGUCCUCAGACCCACUCCAUUUCUGGGUCAAACCAAGGGAGCAAAUGCCAACCCUCUCAGAGAUGUUGUCUCUAUGGGCACUGGCAAAUUCACCAUGGGGAAUGAAUUAUGGUACAGGCCGGACCGGGUGAAGUACUUGGGACCCUUUUCAACUCAGACUCCGUCGUAUCUGACUGAAGAAUUUCCCGGCGAUUAUGGAUGGGACACUGCUGGUUUGUGUGCUGAUCCUGAAGCUUUUGCCAGGAACAGGGCUCUUGAGGUCAUUCACGGAAGAUGGGCCAUGUUGGGAGCCCUAGGUUGCAUCACCCCAGAAGUCCUUGAAAAAUGGGUCAAAGUGGAUUUCAAAGAGCCUGUUUGGUUCAAAGCUGGAGCCCAAAUCUUCUCCGAAGGUGGCCUAGACUACUUGGGCAAUCCAAAUCUUGUCCAUGCCCAAAGCAUCCUGGCAGUUUUGGGUUUCCAAGUGGUUCUUAUGGGCCUUGUUGAGGGCUUUCGCAUUAACGGCCUUCCUGGAGUCGGAAAGGGAAACAACCUGUUCCCCGGUGGACAGUACUUUGACCCACUGGGCCUUGCCGAUGACCCGGUCACCUUUGCCGAGCUCAAGGUGAAGGAAAUCAAGAAUGACAGGCUAGCCGUGUUCUCAAUGUUUGGUUUCUUUGUCCAAGUUAUUGUCACUAGUAAAGGCCCACUUGGGAACCUGUUGGACCACCUUGACAAUCCUGUGGCCAACAAUGCUUGGGUCUAUGCCACCAAGUUUGUACCCAGAUCAUAAAUUCAUGAUAAUCAUUGAUCUUGUGUUGUGUUAAUGUAUGAAAAUGGUUUUUUUUUUUUUCUAGGUACAUUUUAUAGUUACCACUUUGUUGGAUUAAAAUGUUCAAACGGCU